UGUAUUUUUGCAGUUUUGCCUGAGACUGAACAUUGGCCUAACUUCAAAUAACUCGUAUCGUUGGAAUUUCCAAUAAUAUCAAUAACAUGGCGGAGGAAUCUCUUGACUCCAAGGUGGUUUUGGAACGCAUGGAGUCCCUGCUGGGAAAGGAUGGAGAGCUCCGCAGUCUGGAGGAAGUUCCCCAGAUGUUCAGCUUGAUGAAAGCUUCUACCACGAUGGCCAGCAUGAGUGUCUGCCUCAACGUGCUGCUGCAGACACAAUCUAACGAUAUUCUCCAAAGGUUCAUCAAAGUGGGAGGCUUCCAGCUGCUCUCCUCCUGGCUCACCCACUCUGAAAGCACCAACAACACCCCGCUGCUGCAGCUCAUCCUGCUCACGCUGCAGAAGCUGCCUCUCAAAGUGAAGCACCUCACACAGAACAACGCAGCCAAGUUCGUGAAGCAGCUGAGUAAAAGUGGAGAAACUGAAGAUGUGAGGAAGCUGGCAGGUGCCCUGGUAGAUGGCUGGCUGGCUACCAUCAGCGCCCACUGCGCCUCCAAGCGGAGCAGCAGUAACUCGCCUGGUGAUAAAAAGAGGAAACAAGGGCUGGAGAUGGAGGAUACCAACCCUACCCCUCCUAAAAAGAAGACCCCUGCACCUCAGCUGGGGGAGAAAUCCAUCCUAAAGUGGCCGCAGCUGAAGAGGCCGAGCUCCGGCCCCUCAGACGAUGCACCUCCAGAGAAAAAGCACAAACCUCUAAAUACUCCCUGGAGCUCCAACGAAGGCAUCGAAGCCGAGAUAACUCCAGCCCAACCGGAGGAGCCCAACACGCCCACAAACAACGGCAAGAAGAAAAAAAAGGUCCAGUGGGCUGAGGAGGAGCAGCUCACACAAUUCUUCUAUUUUGAAUUGGAUAGAACAGAGAGAGGUGAGGGAUUUAGAUGGAGAUUUCAAUAUCAUGUGGUCUUAGGAAAUUGGAUAGACAUCCCUUAAAACCCACAGAUAAAGAAAAU